AUGCCCAUGGACAAGAAGGCAAACACCCAAUCCAAGCCCUUCAGGCUGCCGCCCUUAGUGAACAGGCCACAGGUUGACCACAACCAGAGCCAGGCAGCGCCGCAGGGCAGCCAGCCCCAGGUCUUGUCCGGUCAUGGGGUCAGGCUGCCACCGCUCGCCUGCCCAGAGAGCUCGCAGGCUGCUGGGAGCCACCACACACAGGUAGAGAGCCCGAGGAACAUGGAGCCGAACAACUUCCCGACCCCAGGAGCUGCCGACGAGCAGAUGGACGGCCAGGCACACAGCAGGGAGCCCUGCAACCCAGCGGAACUGCCCUGCACGAGCGUGCCCCGGGACAAGACAGCCCAUCUGCCAGCCCUGCCGCCUCUCCACAGGCCCGCAGCGGCACCCGGACCCGCACGCACAGCUUGGCCACCGGCACCUGCCAGGCCCUGCUGCAGGCUGUCUCCUCUGCCAGCAGCACCUUCUGCACCUGUGAAGGAUACAGCCAGGUGCGACAUUGUCACUGGAAGCCAGGGACUUGGCCCGCAGCUGGUGCAGACAGCAGGGAGGACUGUCCUGCAAGCACCAGAGGACAAAACAGUGGCCUUGGUGAACAAGGAAGAACGGGAAGAUGAGAGAAGCAAAGAGAGGUCCCAAUUGGAAGACAUCACCAUCCGCACCAUCUGGGUCAGCCCCUCGCUCCAAGACUGCUUCCAGGGCCCCCAUGCACAUCCCCAGGAAGGGUCUGACUGCCCCAGCAGCCCAGGCACAGAGGUGGAACCAGGGGCAGAGAACCCGGCACCCGCCCAGCACAGCCCCACAGCCGACAAUGUAGCUCUGUCGGUUGCUGUCAAGUGCAUCGUCAGUGAGGUUGUGCACAAGGUUCUCACUGGGCACCAGGGACCCAGCCAACAGCCAGCAGUGAAAGCAGGGAAGACCAUCCUGCAAGUUCCUGAAGACAAGCCAGAAGCCUUGGCCAAGAAGGAAAUCUGGGAAGAUGAGAGCAGCAAAGAGUGCUCCCAACAGGAAAAUGACAGCAUCCACACCAUCUGGGUCAGCCCCUCGGUCAUCGAGCACGACCAGGAUGCCCGUGCAAAUCCCCAGGAGGUGUCUGCCUUGGCCAGCACGAUGAACACAGAGGCAGCACUAGAGGCAGAGAGCCAGGCUCCUGCCCAGCACAGCCCCACAGCUGACAAUGUAGCUCUGUCGGAUGCUGUCAAGCGCAUCGUCAGUGAGGUUGCACACAAGGCUUUCACUGGGCACCAGGGACCCAGCCAACAGCCAGCAGUGAAAGCAGGGAAGAUCGUCCCGCAAGUUCCUGAAGACAAGCCAGAAGCCUUGGCCAAGAGGGAAAUCUGGGAAGAUGAGAGGAGCAAAGAGUGCUCCCAACAGGAAAUCAACAGCAUCCACACCAUCUGGGCCAGCCCCUCGGUCAUGGAGCACGACCAGGUUGCCCGUGCAGGUCCCCAGGAGGUGUCUGCCUUGGCCAGCAUGAUGAAAACAGAGGCGGCACCUGAGGCAAAGAGCCAGGCUCCUGCCCAGCACAGCCCCACAGCCAAUGAUGUGGCUAUGUCAGAUGUUGUCAAGAAAAUGGUCAGUGAGGUCGGGCACAAAGUUCUCACUGAGCGCCGGGGACCCAUCCAACACGCAGCAGUGAAAGCAGGGAAGGCUGUCCUGCAAGUUCCUGAAGAUGAGCCAGAAGCUUUGGCCACGAGGGAAAUCUGGGAAGAUGAGAGCAGGGAAGAGUGCUCCCAAGGGGAAAACGAAAGCAUCCACAUCAUCUGGGUCAUGGAGCACGACCAGGAUGCCAAUGAAGGUGGCCAGGAGAUGCUCCGCUGGCCCAGCACAAUGGGCACAGAAGUGGCACCAGCGGCAGAGAGCUCGGCUCCUGCCCCGCACAUGCCCACAGCCAACAACACAGCUCUGUGGGACACAGUCCAGCGCAUGGUCAAUGAGGCCGUGUGCAGGGCUGUGGCCCAAGGAAUCGUCCAGCAGCCAACGGAACAGCGGGACCUUGCUCAAAGCAUGGAUGUGGAAACGGCAGCACCAACGACUGCAGGACUUGAAGCCACAGAGUCUCCCUUGGCUGGGCAGCCUGAGGAAGAGGCCAGCACAGCCCCUCUUGUCCCAGCUGCACAUAAUGAAGGGGAAAACAUGGUUUCUCCCAUGUCUGGAGACUAUCGAGAAGGGGCCAUGGUCAGCCUGGUAGCGCCUGAGGAAGAUGCGGCUUCUUCACUGCCUCAACAGCCUCCGGCAGACGCUGGCACACUCAAUCUUGCGCCAGCAGCAGACGACAAAGGACAUGCAGUGGCUUCUCCCUUGGCUCGGGACCUUCCGCAUCAGGUGGCCUCCCACCACAGAUGUGACACACAGCCCUGCUGCAGCUGCAGGGACGUGCCCGAGGAUGGCCAAGGCGUCAGCAGCCUCCCACACGCCCCUGCUCAACAGCAACAGCCUUCCCUGUUCAGGAGGGCGCUUCGGGCUCCGUGCAGGGCUUUCUGUUGUAGCUGCACUGUGGGAGAGCAAGAGGAUUAGAGCCCAGUUGCCAGUGCCAGACAGGUCCCCAGAGAUGGCAGCUGGUCCUAAGCCUGCCAGCAUCCACAGUGAACGGCUCAGGGCAGCACGUGAUAGAUGGGUGCAUGGACGGCAACCGCGACAUUCACCUGCCCUGAGGACGUGGUGCUGCUGGGCUCUCCUCAGCCUUGGACACUUUCUGCAGCCAAUAAAGAUUGCAGUU